AUGGGUGGUCGCGACCUGUCCCAGCCGGGACAGCGCUCUGGGCCACAAAAGAUCAUAACCGGCGUGUCAUUCAGUGGACACGUGCAGCUCCAUAGGACAGAGAAUGCAUGGAAACCGGCAUCGAAAAUGCAGGUCAGAGGUGGCGAGGACAGGGGGGCCGAGGACCGUGAGGAGGUCAAGACUAAGGAGCUGUUUGGCCGUGUGCGCAGCAUCCUUAACAAGUUGACCCCCGAGAUGUUCCAGCAGCUGGUCAAACAGAUGAUCGAGCUGACCAUCGACACAGCGGAGCGCCUCACAGGCGUUGUGGACAUUAUUUUUGAGAAGGCCAUCUCUGAGCCCCACUUCUCUGGCACCUAUGCCAACAUGUGCCACUGCCUCAGGGAGCUCAACGUCCCCACCAGCAGCAAUGCUGCAAUCAUGUUGAAUUUCCGCUCACUCCUGCUGAAUUUCUGCCGCAUGGAGUUUGAGAAGGUGAACAAAGAUCACCGGCGGUCUCUUGGAAACGUGAAGUUCAUCAGUGAACUUUACAGAGUGGACAUGGUGAAGGAGGCCAUUGUGCACAUGUGCAUCACCACUCUGCUGGAGAACCGCAGUGAGGAGGCGCUCGAGUGCCUGUGCUGCCUGCUGUCCAACGUCGGCAGGAAACUGGAGUUUGAGAACAGCAAGCCUCGUGUGGAUCAGUACUUCAGGCAGGUGGAAUGGAUUGUAAAGGAGGGGAAGACCACAUCCCGAAUCCGCUUCAAGUUGCAGGAUCUGAUGGACUUGAGACAGAAUAACUGGGUCCCCAGGAGAGGUGAUCAGGGGCCCAAGAUGAUUAUUCAGGUCCACAAGGAGGCUGAACUAGAGAAGGAGGCAGGGAGGGUUGAGGUGCAGCAGCACCUCCUUCUCAAAGAGGUCAGCAACGGUAGAGGGGGGCCAUUCCCUGCCUACAGAGGCAGUGGCCUGCAGCAAGGUGAGGGUAAAAGGACCAUCCCUACAUCCGCCAAGUGCAGCCCCGUUAUCCGUGGGAAGCUCGGCAAGACCAUACAGCCCUCUGAGAUGGGUGGCCCCAGCCUAUCCCAGCAGGCCCAGUUCACUGAGCCGCAUAAGGUCGUCUCUACCGUAGCAUUCGGUGGAGAUGUACAGCUUCACAUCGCUGGGAAUGCUUGGAAGCCAGCAGAUAAGAAGUUGGCUGGAUGCAACCAGGACAGGGGGGUGAAGGACCCCGAGGCGGCCAGGACUGAGGAGCUGUUUGGCCGUGUGCGCAGCAUCCUUAACAAACUGACCCCCGAGAUGUUCCAGCAGCUGGCAAAACAGAUGACUGAGCUGACCAUCGACACAGCGGAGCGCCUCAUGGGCGUUGUGGACAUUAUUUUUGAGAAGGCCAUCUCUGAGCCCCACUUCUCUGGCACCUAUGCCAACAUGUGCCACUGCCUCAGGGAGCUCAACGUCCCCACCGGCAGCAAUGCGGGAGUCACAGUGAAUUUCCGCUUGCUCCUGCUGAAUCGCUGCCGCAAGGAAUUUGAGAAGGGGAGCGAAGAUGGCAAGAACAUCCGUAAGAAAACUGACCAUCGCCGGCGGUCUCUUGGGAACAUAAAGUUCAUCAGUGAACUUUACAGAGUGGACAUGGUGAAGGAGGCCAUUGUGCACAUGUGCAUCACCACUCUGCUGGAGAACCGCAGUGAGGAGGCGCUCGAGUGUCUGUGCUGCCUGCUGUCCAACGUCGGCAGGAAACUGGAGUGUGAGAACAGCAAGCCUCGUGUGGAUCAGUACUUCAGGCAGGUGGAAUGGAUUGUAAAGGAGGGGAAGACCUCAUCCCGAAUCCGCUUCAAGUUGCAGGAUCUGAUGGACUUGAGACAGGAUCUGGACGUACCUGCAGCAUAA